AUCUAAUGUUGGAUAUGUCCUGAACAGUCGUAGGAUAUAUGAAGGAUAGUAUACUAUCGUGGUGAGUGAAAAAAUUGAUUUAUACGAACUGCACGUACACCAGUCCUUUGUGUAAGAGAUCUGCCCAUAAUAAAUCAGUCAUGCCGGGUAAAGCCAAAAAGGCUCGUGCACGUAAUACCACUAGGCACACUAGAUCAAGUUCAGAAAUGUCAAAUGAUGAGGGAAAGGUUUGUGAUACUGAAGAGACUGAUAGUGAGGAGACAGCAUGUGCCACGCCCAAAGGGAAUCCUGUAGUAACAGAUAAUGUCAAUAUUAGUGAAGAAGGACGGAUCCUUAUUGAUCGUAUGGAAUGCUUGAGUAGAGAAAUCACGAAACAAAACUCGGAAUUUCAUGAUGAAAUGAAUGUAUUGAGAGAUGAUAUUCGAAAAAACACAAAUGACAUGAAAAAUGCAUUUAAGGAGGAAAUAAGUGAACUGAAGAGUGGUAUCACCUAUGCCCAGGAAGUCAGUGAGGAGAACAAGAUCAAAGUAGAGGAACACGAAGAAUGUCUUAAGGAUAUUCAAAUUCAAUCAUCUUCCAUGUCUACUGCUAUAAAGAAUAUGUCAUAUCAAUAUAACAAAAUGUAUGAUGAACUGAACACUAAACUUCUGGAUAUGAAUGUGUACUCUCGUAGAAGUGCACUCCACUUUCAGAACAUUCCUGAGGAGGAUGGCGAGAAUCCAGGAGACGUAAUGAAGCACUUCUUUGUCAAUAGACUUAAGAUGUCGAAGGAUGAGGUGCAAAAUAUUCGCUUCGAGCGUGUACAUCGAAUCCCACUUGGUCCUAAAGAAAAGUACAGAUUCACUAGAACAAUAACCGUGAAAUUCAACUGGUACCAGGAUAGAGAGACAGUGUGGGGAAAACGUUUUAGUCUUAAAGGAUCAAAUAUAUACGUUACUGAGAGCUUUCCAAAGGAAGUUGAGGAUAACAGACGCCUGUUGAUGCCAUAUUUCAAAAAGGCCAAGGAACUAAAAUGGAAAUGUGCCAUGAUCGCAGACACCCUUAUAGUGAAAGAUGAGCGAUAUAAGAUUGGAGACAUACAAAAAUUACCAAUGGAACUUUUGAAUGACAACCCAUCAAUGCGAGAUUUGGACACGGUAUUUUUGUACAAUUCGUCCACAUCCCCCCUUGGCCCAGAUAGCUGCACACCCUUUGAAUGCGACGGCACGAUGUUCCGUAGUGUGACGCAAUACCUAGCCUAUAAUAGAGCUAUCACUGGGCGAAGUGACCAAAUAUAA